AUGAGCAAUUCCAGCAGCUCGAGCUCGUCCACCUCCAGCUCCGGCUCUAAAGCCAAGGCUUCAAUGCAGGCUAGGAUAGCUGAGAAGAUGGCCCAACGAGACAAUGCGGAAAAUGAAUGGAUGGGUUGGAUCUGUCCUUGCGGAGGGAAAAACUUGACAAUGAAAGCAAGAUGUACGCUUUGUGGCCGAGUCAAGCCACUAAGCGCCCAUCAGAGGGGCGUCGGUCAAGCAGCCGCUGCCAUAGAACGAGCUCGGCUGCCGAGCAGAAGUCGCAGCAGAAACCGGCCGAAGUCAAAACGACGAAGCCAAAGCCAUCCAAACCACCGUAGCCGAAAUCGUUCAUCGAGCAGCAGCUCAUCUUCUGGCGAUCCCACCGCCAAAGACAGGCAAGGAGAAGUGACAGAUGCCAAGCGCGAAGCUAUGCAGCAUCUGCAGGACAUCAAAGAGAUGACAGAUGGACAGGGCGCAGCCCUCGGUGUGGCCGACCUCCAGGUUGUGGGCCUUGCAGGCUAUUCGGCAAUAGGUGAGCGUAGAAUGGUCGAUGAAUGCGAGUCCGGCCAUAAGACGGGGAUUUCUUUCCACUUGUUCGUGCGGCCACUGUCAGGUCCGCAGCUUCCUGGAUCCGUCAACGACAGGCAGAUCGGCUGGGUGACCGAUGCGUAUCUGCAAGACAAUCGUUCCGAAGCAAUGCUUGCGUCCAAGUGGCACCGGCUUGUGUUGCAAGCGCUGGAGGAGGUUGUGGCAUAUGCUGUGCAACUGGAGACCUACCUGGCACAGGCCAAGCCAGAAGAUCGUAGUGCUGAUCCCGAGUGGAUGGAAAAGUGCAUGCAGUUUUGUUUGUAUCUCGGAACCGAGUUGCAGCAGAUCACUGACGCACUGUCGCAGCACGGUCUCUCGCAGAACGCUGCGGGCAAGUAUGCAGUUGCUGCCUGUGAGGUUGUUGGCAGCAGCGAGCACGAGCUCAGCGUGGCCCAGGGCGCACGCGUGCUUGUCGUCGAUGCUGACAACGCAGACUGGAUUUGGUGCAAAGCCGAGGAUGGUCUUUCUGAAGGUUGGGUGCCGCGAUCCUUCCUGGAAAUGGAGCCUGGCAGCACAGCCGACACCGGCAAGGACUUGCCAGGUUGGAUCAAGGUCAAUGAGCGUGCAAGGUGGUGGUCCAACUCGCAGAAGCAAUUCUGCGAUGUGACGAUCACCCUCGUGGACGAGUCUGCUAGACAGGUCACUGUCACCUUUGUUCAGGAUGCAGCUUGUUGGAAGAUGGUGCCGUUUGAGCACUUCCUUCAAAAACAGGAGGACUGGCUGCUACAGCCCUUCCAGCAGAAGGCGAAGGAGUUGAUGCAACAGUUGCCAGAUUGGGUACAGCCAGGCAAACAGGCAUAUUGGUGGUCUUCAAGCCAACACCGUGUACUGCCGGUUCAGAUCAAAGAUGUCUGCUCCAGGACGCGCCAGGUGAAGGUGGUUUUCAAUUGCAACAAAACAGUGAAGAAGCUCGUGCAAUUCCACGAGCUGAUUGAUUCUCCUAAAGAAUGCCUUCUCCAGAAGGAGAGGUCAGGACAUACCUGGAGGAAACCCCGACGAAAGUCGAGGGACUCGAAAGGUUCUAAAGAAUCAGCGGAGGCCGGAAGCCAAACAGAAGUUGCUGAAGAUCUCGGUGCCACAAAGGGCUUGGGAGACAUCAUGGCAGAAAUGACGCAGGAUAUUGGCGACAUAAUGGCUGAGGGCGAUGAAUCAGAGGAUGGCGGCGGUGGCCUCCGCAAGGCUUUGACUUUCAUGGGAAGCUCCGAGUUCUUACAGGUUGACGUCAACUCCAAAGAUGAUUCAGCUGACAGGGUGCCAGCCUUUGGCUACGAUGAUGAGCUCGCCACAACAGCUGGGAAGGACGAUGGUGCCGCCAAGGAAGAGACCGGCGAGCAUUUGCAGCCCAGUGGAAUUGUGCAGGCAAGCGAGGCGGGCACGGAAAUCGGUGAUGCCAUUGGUCAAGAGGAUGUGCAGCAGGCGGGGCUCCAGCAGCACAGCGUGGUGUCCAAGGGCAAACCCGCCGCAGUGAUGGGGUUCUCUCAGUCAGAGGAAAACAUGAUGGAGCUUCUGGAGGCCACUGAGGCCCUUGAGGCCAUUGAGGCCACCGUCGGCGACCCGAAAGGAAUCGUUACCCAGGAAGGUCCUGUGCAAGGGGGCGAGACGCAAGAGCUGUACGACACCUUAGACAAGGAGUUGCUUGCGGAGUUGGCGCCCCCUUCGUCCGAUGAGCCCUCCGCAGAAGGUGCUGAGCCUGAGGAUGCUGGCAGCGCAGCCGCAGUAUCUGGCCUCACUUUGGAUGCGGAGCCGGCGCAGCCGGCGCAGCCGGCGCAGACUCAAGGACGGGGUGACGAGCAGGCUGCAGAUCCCGAUAGUGGGGUACAGGCCACAGGGAGCGAUCCUGCGGUACCUGGUGAACCUGGAGAUGCCGCUGCAACUCCAGCCCCUGGACCACUAACGUCUGCAGAAGGGGCUGCCGAGGUCUGUGCACAUGCAGAAGCGGCAGGCGCGACACAGGAGAAUAUUCUGGAGCACGAGGAGGCCACCGUCGGCGACCCGAAAGGAAUCGUUACCCAGGAAGGUCCUGUGCAAGGGGGCGAGACGCAAGAGCUGUACGACACCUUAGACAAGGAGUUGCUUGCGGAGUUGGCGCCCCCUUCGUCCGAUGAGCCCUCCGCAGAAGGUGCUGAGCCUGAGGAUGCUGGCAGCGCAGCCGCAGUAUCUGGCCUCACUUUGGAUGCGGAGCCGGCGCAGCCGGCGCAGCCGGCGCAGACUCAAGGACGGGGUGACGAGCAGGCGUUGGGCCCCGCAUUGCCCGCAUGGCAUGGCACGGUGUUGGUGUCAGUAUGGACGUUUGAUGGACGUUUGCCGAUGUCCCUGGCUGUUGACAGGCUGCAGAUCCCGAUAGUGGGGUACAGGCCACAGGCCAUACACUCCGGUCGCUGA